CUAACCAGAGGGUUUAUUCUGUACGCUUUGUUAAGCUGGAUCACUCAAGAACCAGGAUGAAGGCUCUAGAAACCAUUUCAGUCUUCAAGAUCCUCUUUCUGCUAGUUCUGGUCACCUCAAGUUACGGAAUACAGAGAGCGCCUCGUAUCAUCACCUUAUUAGAGACGGUGGACAUACUACUCGAUCACAAUGCGACCUUCAUCUGUGAAGUGGAGUCCCGUCCCCCCGCUGACAUCACUUGGACCAAGAAUAAUCACCCAAUAAUGUACUAUGACCCUCGGUACAUAACCAGGGAGAAGGGACAGAUGCUGACCAUCCCUCAUGUGAGAGAGUCGGACAAUGGAGAGUACUGCUGCCUUGCAAGUAACGGCAUUGGAGAGGCAGCCAAGAGCUGUGGAGCUCUGCAGUUAAAGAUGAAGCCACAGAUCAAACGCCAUCCAACCAAUGUGACCCUUUUGGUAGAAUCCAAAGCAGUGUUGCCUUGUGUUACGCUCGGCAACCCCAAACCGGAUGUUACCUGGCUCAAAGACGAUGAACUUAUCAGGAUCAGCGACCGUGUAACCAUUCUUGACUAUGGUGCACUGAAGAUCCACAACAUACAGAAGGAGGAUGCAGGACAGUAUCGCUGCGUGGCCAGGAAUAGCUUUGGUUUGGCCUUUUCGAAGCCUGUCACCAUAGAGGUACAGGCUCCAGCACGAAUCUUGCGAGUUCCUAAGGAGAAGAGAGUAGCGUAUGGCAGCCAGAUUUCCCUGGAGUGUAACGCCACAGGAAAUCCGAUCCCCACCAUCACCUGGCUGGAAAAUGGGAAUACUAUCACAGGCGCAUCAGUCGAAGAGACUUUGACAGGAGAGGUGAUCCUGUCCGUUCUUAAAGUGACGGUGAAUAAGCCAGCUCUGUAUACAUGUCUGGCCUCCAACAAGCACAGCGCUGGAGCCAAUACUGUCAAGGCAACAGCUAAAGUCACUGUCGCAGAGUGGAGACUCUACAAGGGCAUCGCUGGCUACUGCAGUGCGUAUCGUGGAGACGUGUGCCGCACCAUCCUGCGAGAUGACUUGCUGGUUUUCUUUAACUCGUCCCUAUCGGAUCCCGAGGACAUGCAGGAAUACCUGGUUCAGAGCUGGUGGACAGAGCUGGAAGGACUCAGUAUGCAGUGCAGUCCUGCGGUGCGCUCACUGCUCUGCCACUCCUCCUUCCCUGACUGCAACCCAUCAGGGUUAGGACCGGCACCUAAACCUGUCUGCAGAGAACACUGCCUGGCAGUGAAAGAGUUGUACUGCCAUAAGGAGUGGUUGGUAUUAGAAGGCAGCAGUUCAGUCCAGCCUGGUGUCUUCAGCUCUGUCACUGGGUCCAACACUCACAGUUCACUGCUGCCCAACUGUCAGGCCUUACCGAGCCUUCGCACAGACCCCGAUGCUUGUACCCAUGUCCCUUUUGUAGACAUCAAGAGGGAUCAAAUUACAACAACAUGUUACAAUGACAGAGGCCGUUUCUACCAAGGCAGCGCAAAUGUGACAAGGUCUGGGAUACCAUGUCAGCGGUGGAGACAACAGGUUCCCCAUCAGCACCGACUGUCAGUGGAUGUGAUUCCAGAGUUAAGGAACUCAGAAAACUACUGUAGGAACCCGGGAGGAAUCAGCGACAAGCCCUGGUGUUACACCUCAAAUCCCAACAUACGAUGGGAGUACUGCGCUGUGCCACACUGUCAGGAGAGCGUAGCAUCAGUGAUAAAUACAGAGAUACCAGGGCCUCGUCAAACUUCACGUCUCCCUCCAGCGACCACAAUAUCAUCUCCAGCUUACUCCAUGUCCGUCAUUGUCAUCAUCCUGACUGCACUUGCAGCCACAGUCUUCCUUACCAUCAGCAUCCUCGCCUGCCGUAGACGGAGGAAGCAGUGGAGAAAUCGGAAGAGAGCAAUGGAGACACCAACACUGAGUGCUCUUCCAUCAGAGCUCCUGCUGGACCGACUCCACCCAAACCCCAUGUACCAGCGGGUUCCCCUGCUGCUGAACUCAAAGCUGCUGGCCCUCGAGUAUCCCCGAAAUAACAUCCAAUAUGUUAGAGAUAUUGGAGAAGGAGCCUUUGGACGAGUUUUCCAAGCCAGAGCACCUGGCCUGCUGCCAAUGGAGUCUUUCACAAUGGUGGCUGUGAAGAUGCUGAAGGAGGAGGCCUCUGCUGACAUGCAGAAUGACUUCCAGAGAGAGGCAGCGCUAAUGGCUCAGUUUGACCAUCCAAACAUUGUGCGACUCUUAGGUGUGUGUGCGGUGGGUAAACCCAUGUGUCUGAUGUUUGAGUACAUGGCCCAUGGCGACCUCAAUGAGUUCCUGCGUCGCCGAUCUCCAAACCAAUCAGUGCGCACCCUCAGCCGUGCCAGCUUGUCUGGUCGCAGUUUUUCCUCCGAGCUGGAGGCGGGACUUCUCUCCUGUGCUGAGCAGCUGUCAAUCUCCAAGCAGAUCGCUGCAGGGAUGGCCUACUUGUCAGAGCGCAAGUUCGUCCACCGUGAUCUCGCAACCCGGAAUUGCUUGGUUGGGGAGGAAAUGGUAGUGAAGAUCGCAGAUUUUGGCCUCUCCAGAAACAUCUACUCAGCCGAUUACUACAAAGCCAACGAGAACGAUGCCAUUCCCAUUCGUUGGAUGCCCCCAGAGUCUAUUUUCUACAACCGCUACACCACUGAAUCGGACGUGUGGGCAUAUGGUGUGGUGUUAUGGGAGAUUUUCUCCAACGGGAUGCAGCCGUACUACGGUAUGGGUCACGAGGAGGUGAUUUACUAUGUGAGGGACGGUCACAUCCUCUCCUGCCCUGAGAACUGUCCGCUGGAGCUAUAUAAUCUGAUGAGGCUUUGUUGGAGCACACCUCCAUCAGACAGGCCCAGCUUCAGUAGUAUACAUCGGAUACUGGAGCGAAUGCAUCAGAGCGCACUGAGCAGUAAUGCUGACACUGAGGUCGACUGCUAACCUGGGAACUUUUGGUUUGUCCCAACACCCAUUACUUUAUGCCAUAUUUUAGUAAUGUGCACAUUGCUUACUUCUUCAGUUCAGGAAUUUUGUUUAAAGGGACAGUUUGCCCCAAAAUAAAGAAGAAAAGAAAGUUCUUUCAACCAAACUACACCCAUCAACAGGGUGUAAUUCAGUAGAAAGAAAGUGGUCCCCACAUGAAACUGCUGUGUGUGCAGGUUGUGAGAAAGAGAGAGAGAGAAAAGUGAUAUUGCUGUUAAGUUUCUCAGUUUGUAUGACAUCCUACAGAAAUGCACAAACAAAAGUUUGCAUUACAGCCUGUAAAUUAGCACCCCAUAAAUGGCAUUUCAUUCUUUAGGUAAAGCUACAUAAUUAACCUGACUUAAUGGAGGUUAGAUUUAGGCAAGUCAAUUUAAGAAACGAAACAUGGCGAAGACAUACGUUAAAACAACUCAAAGUUCACACAGUUCUUAACACUGAUCUUCUGGAGAAAGUCCCAAUGGAAAGUCCUGUGUUUUGUGACCCAUCCACCACCCCAACAUGCUCCCUAGCUGGACUGCUCAGGAUGCUCCUUUCUUUACGUCCUUUAGCACAUUGGUCACAUGAUUUCAGCCGAGGAUACAUAGGUUAUGUACGGAUUACUGGCUCAUCAUUAUGUGGGACAUGUACACAUUUUGAUGAAUUACUCUUAAUUUUGUGCUUUGAGCACCGCAAGUGGCUUGCUAUCUAGUUCCAUUUGAGAGAAGACAGAUUUCUAUGGCUGAUAUCACCAACACUCACCAACACACCAAAACAACCUAGACUGAUAAAUAGCACCAGAGUUUAGAGAGAACAUAUGUA